UAAGCUACUACAUACACAUAUAACGAAUCAUCACUGCAUGUCGGCAACAAUCACUCAAGCGGUCCCGGAUAGUCUCCGAGUAUGUACUGUGUGUGCUGCAAACAAUAAUAGAUCCAUGGAAGCCCACAAACAAUUGAAAGAUGCUGGCUACAACAUCAAGUCAUUUGGAACUGGUUCAGCUGUCAGAUUACCAGGACCUACCAUAGACAAACCCAAUGUGUAUCAGUUUGGUACUCCUUAUGAAGAUAUAUACAACGACUUAAUGUCACAGGACUGCCGCAAGUUAUAUGAGUCAAAUGGCUUGAUCCACAUGUUAACCAGAAAUAAGCAAGUUAAGAGAGCACCUGAACGGUGGCAUGCAAACUCAUACGCCGGGAAAUUUGACUUGGUAAUAACAUGUGAAGAGAGAUGUUUUGAUUCGGUGGUGGAUGAUUUGAUGUUCCGUUUACACAACAAUGACUACAAUGACAAUGAGGUCAAACAAGUGGUACAUAUCAUAAAUAUCGAUAUCAAGGAUGACAAUGAGAAUGCCGUGAUAGGUGGAAACGGGAUCGUAAAACUCGUGGGAAUGGUCCACAACUUCAAGAGACAAGAGAAGAAGAAAUUGGCCGAAGGUACGAUUGAUGAUGUGAGUGAUGCGAUUUUGGAGGACCAGAUGAUGGGAAUUUUGGCCGAGUGGCAGAAGGAUCAUGCCCAUCUACAAACUAUUUACACGUGUGCGUACUACUAGAAGCCGAAGAUGUAUAUACCGUAUAUAACAGCAUUUCAAUCUUAUAAAAAUGAGAA